AUGUCUAAAAAGAAGCCGAAGAAAUUACCAGGAAAGGAAGAAUGUUUGGAUGGCCGAGAUGACAAACAUUCUGAAGACACAAGAUCUUACAAGCACACUAUGAAAGGAGAGACUGAACUUCAGAGAGCCAAACGAGAGAAACAUGAGCAGGAGAAGAAGCGACACCGAAGUUCUGGUGUUUCUCAUGAUGCUGGUAGAAGAUCCCAAGAAAAAUCUCCAAAGAGAAGCAAAACCCCAGACAAGUCUUCAGGCCAAACUGAAAAGCAAAAGAAAAUAGUUAUCCAGUUUAAAGCCAAAGAAAUUAAACAUGGGAAAACCACUCGCACUCUCGAUGCAGUGACUGCCAGCAAGGAAAAGAGUGGCUUUGAUGGGACAGAAGGGAAAAGACUCUGGUACAGCUUUGAACUGCAGAGGGACAAGGCACUGAGGAAAAAGAGGGAGAAAGCUGAACUCUGCAAACUGAAGUUGAAAGCAGAACAGACUAUGAUAGAGAAGUUUAAGUCACCUGUGUGUGACAUCCCCCAUAAAAAGUCAGAGGGCUCGAAACAGCGGAGGGAGGAUGUCAGGAUUGCCAAGCAGCCCCCUGACACCUCUGCAGGGACUGUGUGUGGGGACAGGGCUGACACUGAGGACUCAGGUACAUUAUCCAGCGUUUGGGAAGAGGAGGAUGAGGAGGAAUAUAAGGAGUUUUCUCGGAAAAAGCGACACGUGAGCAAACACAGGUCGUGCUCAUCACCACCCUCGCCCCCCACACCACCACGGGACUCGAGGAGGAGGAAGAAACAUGGCACUGCUGCUUCCAAAGCUCCUGGUCACUCAAGGACCAAGGAGAGGGACUUGGAAGACACAGCAUUACGUUUUAAGCAGAAUUUUGAGGUGCCAUGCACAUCUGACUCCUACCAGGAAGGUGAGGUCAGAAAGGCUGUGCCUGUCCAGAAGAACCUUGAAGACUUUCCACCUCUUCAAGACAGUCAGAACUCAGAAACAGACCAAGAGAUGCAGAUAGUUGAGGACUUGCACGUGGCUCGUGUGGAGAAGAGGAUGGCACUGUCUGUAGUACAGACUUGUGGAGAACUCACCAGUAUGGAAAUUGAUCUCCCAGAACAGAAUUUAAAUACUUCUGCUGAGGCUUUUACUUCUGGUCUGAACAUACUAGUGGUGAUUGACACAAACAUAAUGAUUAGUCACCUGGAGUUUGUUAGAUCCCUGAAAUCUGAGGAUAUUCCAGGUGUUGACAGACUUGCCUUAAUAAUUCCCUGGGUUGUCCUGCAGGAGUUGGACAACCUGAAGAAGGGGAAGAUGCUGCAGCACGUUCGGGACAAAGCUAUCCCUGCAGUGCAGUUCAUCUAUAAGUGUCUCAAAAGCCAAGAUUCAAAGCUGUGGGGACAGUCCAUGCAGUUGGCUUCUCAAAAAAUGUAUGGGCUGAGCGACGAGAACAAUGACGAUCGUGUUCUGCAGUGCUGUCUGCAGUACCAGAACCUCUUCCCUCAGGCUGUUGUCAUACUCUGCACGGAUGAUAAAAAUCUGUGUAAUAAAGCCAUUGUGAGCGAGGUCAAGGCAUUCUGCAAAGCUGAUCUGGUCACUGCUCUCCAGAAUGUGAAUGCCAACAGGCACCAGAGCUGUGGGGAGCUGCAGCAGCCAAAGCUUGGUACAGAGUGUGAGAAGGCACAAGGAGGUGAUGCUGGGUUUGCAGCACGAUUCCCAAAUGUGCUUCCAGACCUUGAGAAGAGCUUGGGAGAAGCUUUGUCUUGUAUUUUGGAGACUGAAAUGAAACUUGCAUUUGGAAACCUGUGGAUGGAGAUCCUGUACCUGAAGCCACCGUGGACGUUGGCAAACCUGCUGAAGUGCUACCAGAAACACUGGGUGGCUGUUUUUGGUUACGUGGUGCCAAGGAGUUUGCUUUCAGCUGUUGAGUGUCUCUCUGAACACCUCUGUACAGAUAAACCAUUUGACUCCUCAACAGUGCAUAUCUUGCUCCAGGAAUCCAAAAACUUGCUCCAUGCUUUCAGCUCAAGGUCAGACUAUAACGGUGUCCUGCCCCAGGCCUAUGCCCAAGUGACUAAGCUGUGCCAGACACUCACAGAGGUGAGGGCAGACAGUGAGCAGGAUUUAUCAGAAGACAUCAUGGUUCUUUCAGAAAAUGCCACGUGUGAAAAAAUGGAAGCCACAACACCCAAUCUGCAAAGCUCUGAAGCGAAACAGUUACAUCCAAGCUUUCCUGUGGCUCAGGAAAACAGGCACCAGGAAAUCUGGGCAGUCCUCGAAGGUGUUUGGAACACAAUGAACCUGUACAGCAUUGAAAUUUUCCAGAAGUUGGACCCCAAUGCAGUAACUAUGGCUGCCAAGUCUUCAUUUGAGGAGGCUUUUUUGGGCCUGCAGAAGCUGUUGGCAGCUGUGAAGGACAUCCGUGAAGGCAUCAGCAGAAUUUUGCCCCCAACCAGCAGCUUCCAAGACAUUUGGCCCCUCUAUAACUUCCUCAGAAGACAUGAGAUCCAUAACAGUCUGAAGUUCAGUGCUGAGGAGCUUUAUGAGUGUGUUUCCCAGGAGCUCUGUCGGGAGAGGCUGGAGGGGGGGGGCUGCCAGCUGGCGCAGCUGGAGCUGACCCUGGAGCGCUGCCGCGCGUCCGCGCAGGGCGAGGCCGAGAGCAGGGGGUGGCUGUGA